CUGUGGUAACGCCGGAAGUGGCGGCUCUGUCAAGUUGUGGCGAUUGCAGUCGAUCGGGAGAGCGGUUUAUGUUCGGGUUUUUACCAGUGGGCAGGGCCCCGAGAUCUGAUGUGAUUUAACCAGAAAGACCCUAAUUACUGUUUGGAAACAGGAUGGCAAAAGAUGCUGCAAAACUGAGCCUUCGACGAUUGGAACCAGCAAUCCAGAAAUUUGUUAAGGUUGCAAUCCCAACUGAUUUGGAACGGCUCCAAAAGCACCAGAUAAAUAUUGAGAAGUAUCAGCGAUGGAGUCAAUGGGACAAGCUGCACCAGGAGCACAUCAAUGCAAGCCGUACUGUGCAGCAGCUACGAGCUAACAUGAGAGAAAUGGAAACAUUAUGUCUUCGGGUAAGAGAUGAAGAUUCACAAGCUUUAGAGAAAAUAAUAAACCCUGUACAGCAGCAUGCAGCAGCAGCUGUGCUGGAGUUCCUGAAACUCCAUUCAGAGAUUCUAGAGGAGUCAAGUGGACACUGUAGCAUGAAUAAUACACAGACAUCACAUUCAUCUCUAGUGAGGUCCCAGACUGUUGAAGGAACAAUUAUAAGUUCCCAAGCCUUGGGCUCACCAUCGUCCCAAUGUCUGGUUCAGGUGAACAUGCCACUGCCACAGAUUCCACAAGAUCAAGAUGCUGCCGAAUCAUGGGAGAAGUUGGAAGAAGAUUUAAAUGAUCUUAGCAACUUGGUAAAUGAAUUUUCUCAGUUACUUCAUACCCAACAGGAGAAGAUUGACAGCAUUGAAGACCAUGUCAGUACUGCUGCUGAGAAUGUUGAAGAGGGAACCAAGAAUCUGGCCAAGGCCGCUAAAUAUAAACUUGCAAUGUUGCCGGUGGCAGGUGCUCUCAUUGGUGGUGCGAUGGGAGGGCCUAUUGGCCUGUUGGCAGGCUUCAAAAUUGUGGGGGUCGCAGCUGCAGUCAGUGGAGGGAUACUGGGCUUCACAGGUGGGAGGCUGUUACUGAAGAAACAGCAGCAGACGUUGGACCAGGAACUCGCACUUUCUUCCAGCUGCCCAGAGCUGAAGACUCAAGCUGGAAAAAAAUCUAGUUAAAUUGCGCAAACUUAGCUCUUUUAAGCUAAACCUUGGAAAAAGGCUUAAAAGAGAAACAAUUUUAUAUACAAUUUGUAAACUGUAGGAUUUGUCUCCACCAAAAUCUAAUGAUUAUUCAUUUUUAAUGACAGAAGAUCAGCUGUAUAUACUGAUAACAAAUGUACAAUCAUUAAAUGUUAAUAUUUGUAUAUUUUAAGUGCUUUAUUAAAAUAUUUAUCAUUUAAAAA